UUAUUUAUAUGUUUAUUUCUGUUAUCCGUUGUGCUUGGCUCUGCUGUCACGGCGAGGGGCGGGCGCAGGGCAGUAGUUCCGUCAGCGGGAGCCCGGUCCUCUCCACGUCCGGCACCAGCACCCCGAGGCGAGGGCGCCGACAGCUCCCGCAGACCCCUUCCACGCCCCGGCCCCACGUCUCCUACUCGCCCGUGGUCCGGAAGGGGCCCCUCGGCGCCGGCACCGCGGCCCAGCUCCAGCAGCAGCAGCAGCAGCAGCAGCAAGCGGCCCAGCUCCAGCAGCUCCAGCAGCAGCAGGCUCCUCCGCCGCCGCCCUCGGGCCGCACGGGGAGCCCCUCGGCGCGGCGCUACCCGGCCGAGCCCCACCACCACCACCACCACCACGCCCACGCCGCCCACCACCACGCGCCGCCCGGGGUCUCGGAGCGACGGAGCCGCUCGCCGGCCCUUGAGCGCCACACCGUCCCGCCCAGGAACGACUCCCCGCGCCGCGCUUACCGGCACGCCAGCAGCCGGUGGUCGGCCCCGCACGUCCCCGCCGCAGAGCCCCACGCGGGGCCCCGACACGGAGGAGGAGGAGGAAGCGGCGGCGGCGGCUACUACAGGAGCCCGGACUACGCCGGGGAGGACGCCUUCCCUUACGAGCACGGCGGUGGUGGUGGCGGCGGCGGCGGCGGCGGGCGGGCGCCCAGGACUUCCCGGGCGGCAGGAGGAGGAGGAGGAGGAGGCGGCGGAGGGGGUUCCCCGUCGGUGUCCCCGUCUCGCCACGGGCGGCGCCUGCCCAAUGGCUACUACCCCUCGCACCACGGACCCGCCAAGGCGCGCGGGAGCGGCGCCUCCCGCAAAGGACUGCACGAACCUUCCUACAGCGAAACGGACGAGGACGACUGCUGCUAA